AUGCUCGCUAUUGCUGUGUAUAUCGGCCGCCAGGCUAAAUCUUCGCCAUUGCUGUGUAUAUCGGCCAGGCUCAAUGUUCGCCAUUGCUGUAUAUAUCGGCCAGGCUCAAUGUUCGCCAUUGCUGUGUAUAUCGACCAGGCUCAAUGUUCACCAUUGCUAUUUUAUCGGCCAGGCUCAAUGUUCGCCAUUGCUGUGUAUAUCGGCCAGCCACUACAAUUGGAUCCCAGCCACUACAUUUGGAUCCCAGCCACUACAAUUGGAUACCAGCCACUACAAUUGGACCCAGAUGACGCGGGCGCAUUCCACUUCAACUAUUCCGGUGGCAUUCAUGGAGACUGGACCGUCAAGCAUUCACAAAAGAACCAGUUGAAGAGGCGCGCGCAUAUGGCACGUGCCAGAAACGACAUUUUGUCUUUGGGAAUGAAGAAGGGACACUUUGAUCAAGUAUUGUGGAUUGAUAGUGAUGUGAAAUACUUUCCUUCAGAUCUGAUACAUCAGUUGCUUUAUGCACGUGCUGACGUUGUUGUGCCUUCAUGUUUAUAUAAGGACGGGCGCUUCAAAAAAGUGUAUGACCGAAACACGACGUCUACCAAAUACCAGAGCACAUUACCCGAAGAUAUGCUCAUUGUUGAAGGUUAUAGAAAAACUUCCCGGUUAUUUUUACCUGACCUUAAAGCGGAAGGAAAAGUUGUCCCACUAGACGGUGUUGGCGGAUCCUGCGUUCUCAUGGUAAAAGCAGAAUGCCAUCGAAAAGGAUUGAUUUUUCCGGAAAAGAUGUACAACCAUCAUAUUGAGACAGAAGGACUGUCAAAAAUGGCUACCAACAUUGGAUUCAGUGUGCGAGGGCUGCCUUGUGGAAGUUUUUCACAAUUAGGAAAGGCCUGUAAAUCAGCAAGGACAAGCAUGUGUUUAAUAACUAGAAUAACCAUGUAG